AAGGGAUCCACGCUCAAUGGCGUCCUUACCGGAAGUCCAGGCUGUCUGCUUCUCUAGCCUGUUUACUUCCUCUCUCUAGGAUCUUGACUGAGAGAUAGGAUUGUUCGGCUUCUCCACGCGCACGCGCGAUCAGUCUUCUUAGCAAUGAGAGUGUUAGUCGGUGGUGGAACUGGAUUUGUCGGCAGAGCCGUAACCCAGUUGCUGAGAAGCCAAGGGCAUGAGGUCACCACUAUUUCCCGCCAUCCUGGAAAAGGACGGAUUACCUGGGAUGAACUUGCUUGCCUGGGACUCCCUCCCUGUGAAGGUGCGGUCAAUCUAGCUGGAGAAAAUGUCCUUAACCCCUUUCGGAGGUGGAGUGAAUCUUUCCGCCAGGAAGUGGUUGCCAGCCGGAUAGAAACCACAAAGACUUUGGCGAAAGCCAUUGCAAGAGCGGAGCGCCCACCUUGUGCCUGGGUCCUCGUCACCGGCGUAGGGUAUUACCGUCCCAGCCACACCGCUGAAUACACAGAAGAAAGCCCUGGCGGAGACUUCGAUUUCUUCUCUCGCUUGGUGACCCGUUGGGAGGCAGCGGCUAAAAUCCCUGGAGACGCCACACGCCAGGUUGUGGUGAGAUCUGGUGUUGUGCUGGGCAGAGAAGGUGGUGCCAUAGCCCAGAUGCUGUGGCCCUUUCGCCUUGGCCUGGGUGGCCCCAUCGCUUCCGGCCACCAGCCUUUUCCCUGGAUACAUGUGGCGGAUUUGGCCGGCAUCGUGGCUCACGCGCUGGAGUGGGAGGGCGUUGGUGGGAUCCUGAAUGGUGUUUCACCAUCUGCUGUUACUACCACAAACGGGGACUUUGUCCAGGCAAUGGGAUCAGUGCUCCAGCGGCCUGCUGUGUUGCCCCUGCCGGGCUUUGCGGUGUCUGCCAUCUUUGGCCCCGAGCGGAGCGUCAUGUUGCUUGAAGGGCAACGAGUGGUACCCAAACGGACCCUGGAGAGCAACUACCAUUUUGCAUUUCCUGAUCUUCCCUCUGCCCUCCAGGAUAUUUUAGCUUGACCCAAGAAAAUGGGUGUCUGUUUAUUAGCGCUUCCUCUGUAGAUAGAACCUGUUGAUCGCACGCACACAGGCACACAUGCUUAAAUUCCAGCCCUGUCCGUGUCUGGUGCCGACACAUAUAGACAAAAAAAGAUUUAUUGUGGCAGAUGCUUUUAUUAGUCAUUAAAGUGCCCCCAAGAUUUG